AUGGGAUCAACAGAAACCAACACUACAAUGCCACCCCCAGAAAAGACCUGGUGGAAAGAAGCAAUAGUCUACCAAAUCUACCCCGCCUCCUUCCUCGACAGCAACGCCGAUGGCCUAGGCGACCUCCCCGGCAUAAUCUCCAAACUAGACUAUCUCUCCUCGCUGGGCAUCAACACCAUCUGGCUCUCCCCCAUCUUCAAAUCGCCGCAAGAUGACAUGGGCUACGACAUCUCCGACUACCGCGCCAUCCACGAACCCUACGGCACCGUGUCCGACGUGGAAGAAUUAAUCGCAGGACUACAUGCGCGCGGGAUUAAGAUACUGCUGGAUUUGGUGGUAAAUCAUACUUCAGAUCGUCAUGCUUGGUUUCAAGAAUCGAGAAAGAGUAAAGAGAGUAAGAAACGUGACUGGUAUUUCUGGCGGGACGCCAAAUACAGUGAAAAAGGGGAGAGAAAACCGCCGAAUAAUUGGGCUUCAGUAUUUGGUGGCUCGGCAUGGACAUGGGACCAAGGAAGCCAGCAAUACUAUCUCUCGCUCUUCCUCCCCACGCAACCCGACUUGAACUGGGCAAAUGAGGAUAUGCGCCGCGCGACGUACGCCGAUAUGGAGUUCUGGCUUCAAAAGGGGGUUGAUGGAUAUCGUAUCGACUCCAUGAAUCUCAUGUCCAAACACCCGGAUUUACCGGAUGCGGAAGUUACGGAUCCUGGACAGGAAUUCCAGAGUGGAGCGGAGUAUUUCGCGUCUGGGCCGCGGAUGCAUGAGUAUAUUAAAGAGAUUCGACAGGAGGUGCUGGAUAAGUAUGAUUGUAUGACGGUGGGCGAGUUGGGAUUUACGAAGGAUGAGGAGAGUGUGAGGAUGUAUGUUGCGAAGGAGCGAGGGGAGUUGCAGAUGUUGUUUACGGGGGAUGUGGUGGAUAUGGAUUUUGGUGUGGAUGGGAAAUAUGGACAUAACGCCUUCAAGCCGAGUUACUUGAAGAAGUUGACGAAGUUAUGGCAGGAGGCUAUGCCCAAGUUCGAAGGCUGGAAUGCCGUGUAUCUGGAUAAUCACGAUUCCGGGAGGUCGCUUUCGAGAUAUGCGUCUGAUCUUCCGGAGUACAGGGAGACGGCUGCGAAGAUGUUGGCAACGUAUCUAUGUACGUUGAGUGGAUCGCUUUUCUUGUUGCAAGGCCAAGAGAUCGGGAUGGCGAAUGUGCCUAGGGAGUGGGGCAUUGAGGACUACAUUGACGUGGAAGGUCGAAAUGCUUAUGCUGCCAUUGAAAAGCAGAGGGGUCCUGGUGCAGAUAUGAGAGAUGUGAUGAAAGAGCUUCGUUUGAAAGCCAGAGAUAACGGUCGCUUGCCAAUGCAAUGGAACGACUCGAAAAAUGCUGGGUUCACGAAAUCUUCGAAACCAUGGAUGAGAGUCAACACAGAUUAUCCAGAGUGGAAUGUUGAGAGUCAACUCAACUCGGAAAGCAGUGUUUUCGCUUAUUACAAGGAGAUGCUGGCGUUACGGAAGAAAGAGGCAGAUGUGUUCAUCUAUGGCUCUUUCAAGAUGUUGGAUACCCAGGAAGAGGUGUUUGCUUAUACGAUGAGCAAGUCUGAUGGUAGUAGACAGGCACUGGUCUUGUUGAACCUUUCAGACUCAGAACAGAAUUUCGAAGCGAAGGGUUAUAAUGGAUGGAGCCGGUUGAUUGGUGGUGCGGAAGACGAGGUAGCUGUGAAGGAUUCCGUGACUUUGAAGCCAUAUGAGGGUCGUGUAUUUUGUAAUUGGUAG